UACCAAGGGCCCUUCGGACGACGUCGUUGAUGCUGGGGUGCCGAGUUGAGCACUACAGCUGCAUGAGGGGGCCGAGGUAGUCCAGACUAUCAUAGCACUUUAACAUUUUAAUAUUUAAUAGGUAUACGCUCGGUAAGUGCAGCGCAUCGUGCCAAUGUUUUGUUAACUCAAUCAAUAAAGAAAAUUAAAUAACGUCCGAGAUUUCCCAUAAUGAUGUCAUUUUACUUGUUCAUAAAUUCUCAACGUUCAUCAUUUGUUUUGUAAAACAUGUAGGUACAUGUACAAUAUGUGUGAUAUUAUUAGCAGCGUGUCGUGAGUAAAUAAGUACUUUCAGUAAGUACGAUGACUUGGUCGGCAAAGUGUGAGUUUCAGUGGGUGCCGCGUUUGUCCUCUGCCAGGAAAAACAUAUCUUGUCAAUUAUCGAGUUGACGUAAAUUGCUAGAUCAGCUUGAAGACUACAUAUUAAUAACAAGUCAGAUAUUAUUUUGUCAGUGUUAGGUGUACACGAGCAACAAACUAACAUGGAAUUAACGAAAUUUAUUGCAGUUCUCCUGCUCAUAACAGUUACAGAAAUUACUGCAAUAAAGGAUCAAAAUGCAGAGGGGACUGACUCGACGAACAAACAAAACUUUAAUCCAUUAGCGAGUUUAGUACUAAACCAAAACAGCUCAGAGUCAACAAAAGAUUUGGUACGAGUGAAGCGCCAGUACUAUCCAGAUCCUUAUUAUUACGGAAGAGGGCCAUAUUACCCAAUACCAAUCCCAAUAUUUGUGGGCGGUGGCUUCGGAUUUGGAGGAUAUGGCAGAGGAUUUGGUGGAAGGGGAUUCGUCGGGCGAGGGUUCGGUGGCAGAGGGUUUGGCGGCAGAGGGUUUGGCGGAAGGGGGUUUGGAGGGAGAGGCAUUGGCGGUUUUGGGGGGAGAGGUGGAUUUGGUGGCGGUCGAGGGGGUGGACGGGGUUAAAAGUUGAAUAUAAGUUUGACUAAGGUAUUAAGUCCGCCUUUUAGGUACCUAUAUCGUUUGUAUGUUCAAUAGAUUUUAAAAUAAAUAAAUAGUAUAAUGGCCAUUUCUAAUAAAGUUUACCAUAUUUAAUACCUACUCUUUUUUCAUUUUGUAUAAUAAGAAAAGGGGGAGAAGAAUGGGUUUGGCUCAUAUACUUACCACUACUCCCCAACUUGUUAGAGUAUUAUGGAUUAUGAAGAUAUCUAAUAUGUAGUUGUAGGUGUAUUUUCCGUCCACGGGAUAGGUCAGUGUCCCAGAAAUUCGGGAGGUGUGUGUGGAGCUGAAGGCAACAGGUAGAGGCCCUUUCGACACUUAAAUGAAAUGUAUACUUAAUUAAAUAUACCUAAUUUACA